GGGAGGUUGCGGACGUCCUUCAACUUCAUCGCGUGCCCAAACUCGGAACCGGCAGCGGGGAAGACGGCGACGCGCACUUCUGCCGCCUCUCCCAAUCCAACAUGGACAGUCUAGACUCCUAGACCGCUAUACAUCAUCCUAGAAAGAAGUUCACUAAGGUCCGACUCAGUAUCGCGCAUAAAGACACCGUUGAGCUCCCUAUGCUCGGCCGUGACCCAACUCUCCCCCACUAUCGACCCUCUGUGCCUGCUUCCGCAAGGCUAGAGGAUAAGUUCCCUAUAUGGUAUUUCUUUUACGGCACUCUGGCGUCACCCGAGCGCCUCUCACGGCUGCUCGAUGUAGACCUAGCACAGCUCCCUGAACUUAAGGCAGCUACCUUACUAGAUGGCAAGAUCCAGACGUGGGCAGGUAAAUACCGGGCCUUGAUGGAUUCUGUAGGCGGAAAAGUGGAGGGAUGGAUUUACCCUGUAAUAUGUGAAGAUCAAGAGGAUGCGUUAAGAGUAUAUGAAGGUGAUAGUUAUGAGGUUGUGCGUGCGAGAUUCGUUUCAGACGGGAAAGUUAUCGAGGGGAGGACGUUUCGAUUUGCGGGGUUUGAGGAUGAGUUAACUGAGGACGAGUUGGCAUACCCUAGGUAGCUGUAAAACAGUCCAGCUUGGCUAUAUACAAAGCUGCUUUCCCGAACCCAGCUCGCGAAAGCUUCGGAAGGGCUUACUGGUGGUGGCGAC